AAAGCUUUUCCCAGCACAGGCUUCAGGAUAUUGAUGUGUCAUAAGGAAAUCCUCCUAUGAUGGUUUUGAGUAUAUAAGUGAUGACUGAAAGUUUGAAGACAAUCGUGAUCAGAAGAGAAUGAUGGAAGCCCCGAAUUUCCUUCUCUGUCUGCUUCUAACUGCCUAUCAAGCAAAUACCAUUGAAUCAUGGUCAAGGGUAACAGAUGACUAUUCCACGCACGAUCCAUAUGCCUAUUCAUGCUGGAAUAGCUGUGGAUCCCACUUUGGCAUGUGUUCAUGUACAUACUCCUGUCAGGACAAUGGAAACUGUUGCUAUGACUACAACAGCUACUGCUUGAUGGCCACCGACUGGCCAGAUACAACAGGUUUCCCCUCCUGCAGGUAUAAUUGUGGACACAACCUCGGCAGCUGCUCAUGCAACUACAACUGUUAUAGCUAUGGCAACUGUUGCCCUGACUACGACAAUUACUGCUUUAUGACAACUGAAUGGCCAACUACAACAGAUUUCCCCUCCUGCAGGUAUGACUGUGGACACAACCUCGGCAGCUGCUCAUGUGCUCAUGACUGUUGGUACUAUGGCAACUGUUGCCCUGACUACGACAAUUACUGCUUUAUGACAACUGAAUGGCCAGCUACAACAGAUUUCCCCUCCUGCAGGUAUAAUUGUGGACACAACCUUGGCAGCUGCUCAUGCAACUACAACUGUUAUAGCUAUGGCAACUGUUGCCCUGACUACGACAAUUACUGCCUUUCAACAACUGAAUGGCCAGCUACAACAGAUUUCCCCUCCUGCAGGUGGAACUGUGGAUAUGACCUCAGCAGCUGCUCAUGCGCUUAUGACUGUCGGUACAAUGGCAACUGUUGCCCUGACUACGACAAUUACUGCUUUAUGACAACUGAAUGGACAACAGAUGACUGGUGGAAUACCGCUGAGGUUUCUUCAGAACCAUGUGGUGACUAUCUGACAAAUUGGAUGGGUGAAUUUUCCAGCCCCCGGUACCCAAAUAGCUACCCUAAUAAUGCACGAUGCACAUGGACCAUUCAUAGUACAGAGGGAACAACUGUGCUGUUGACCUUCACCGAUGUUUAUUUGGAAACAUGUUGUGAUUACAUCAGAGUAUAUGAUGGUCCUUCUACCCACUCCCCGUUACUGGACGAAAUACGGGACUACAAGAACAAACGCUACACCUCCAGCAACAAUGAUCUGACUGUGUUUUUCUACAGUGAUAGCAGUGUAUCAAGAAGAGGAUUUCAUGCAAACUGGGUCUUUGUAGAUUCCAAUUCAUGCAGGCAUAACUGCGGACGCUCCCUUGGCACUUGUUCAUGUGAUGAUUCCUGUCGGGACAAUAGAAACUGCUGUUAUGACUAUUACAGCUACUGCUCACUGACAACAACUUGGCCAGCUACAACAGAUUUCCCCUCCUGCAGGUAUGACUGUGGAUACAACUUCGGCAGCUGCUCAUGUGCCUACGACUGUCAUAACUAUGGCAACUGUUGCCCUGACUACGACAGCUACUGCUUAGAAACAACAACGACAACAGAAACAACAUCAACAUUCUGGAUUGAUACAACAGCUCCUUCCUGCAUGUGGAACUGUGGAUACAACCUCGGCAGCUGCUCAUGCACUCAUGACUGUCAGUACUAUGGCAACUGUUGCCCUGACUACGACAGCUACUGCCCAGCAACAACAACAACAUACUGGAUUGAUACAACAGCUCCUUCCUGCAAGUGGAACUGUGGAUACAACCUCGAAAGCUGCUCAUGCGAUCACGUCUGUCAGUACUAUGGCGGCUGUUGCCCUGACUACGACAGCUACUGUUUCAUGACGACAACAACACAAGAAACAACAACACAAGAAACAACAACUGAGUUUAUAAUAGCAGACGAAGGCUCCUGCGAGAAUAAUUGUGGUGAAUUUGUUUCAAUCUGUGGAUGUGACGACCUCUGUCAACGUUAUAAUGACUGUUGCCCUGACUACGACAACUACUGCCUUAUAACAACAACUGAAUGGCCAACUACAACAGAUUUCCCCUCCUGCAGGUAUAAUUGUGGACACAACCUUGGCAGCUGCUCAUGCAACUACAACUGUUAUAGCUAUGGCAACUGUUGCCCUGACUACGACAGCUACUGCUCAGAAACAACAACGACAACAGAAACAACAUCAACAUUCUGGAUUGAUACAACAGCUCCUUCCUGCAUGUGGAACUGUGGAUACAACUUCGGCAGCUGCUCAUGCACCUACGACUGUUAUAGCUAUGGCAACUGUUGCCCUGACUACGACAGCUACUGCCCAGAAACAACAACGACAACAGCAACAACAUACUGGAUUGAUACAACAGCUCCUUCCUGCAUGUGGAACUGUGGAUACAACUUCGGCAGCUGCUCAUGCACCUACGACUGUCAUAACUAUGGCAACUGUUGCCCUGACUACGACAAUUACUGCUUUAUGACAACUGAAUGGCCAACUACAACAGCUCCCUCCUGCAGGUAUUCCUGUGGAUAUGACCUCGGCAGCUGCUCAUGCGUUCACGGCUGUCAGUACUAUGGCGUAUGUUGCUCUGACUAUGAAAGCUUCUGCAUAGCAACAAUUCACCCACCAGAUGAUCCAACAGCUCCCUCCUGCAUGUAUAACUGUGGGUACCACCUUGGCUAUUGUUCAUGCUCCAGGGCCUGUCUUUUUUUUGGCGACUGUUGCCAUGACUACGAAAACGUCUGCUUAAGAACAACAACACCAACAACAACAACAACAACAACAAAGUCAACUCACACGCAAGUUACAGCAGAUGAAAACUCUUGCGAGAAUAACUGCGGCCAAAGGCUUCCCCUCUGUAGAUGUGACGACCUCUGUCAACAUUAUGGCAACUGCUGCCCUGACUAUGACAGCUACUGCUCAGAAACAACAACAACAACAGCAACAACAUACUGGAUUGAUACAACAGCUCCUUCCUGCAUAUAUAACUGUGGAUACAACUUCGGCAGCUGCUCAUGCACUCACGACUGUCAGUACUAUGGCAACUGUUGCCCUGACUAUCACUGGUAUUGCCCAUCAGACACAACAUGGAGAGACUCAACAACAACAACAUGGAGAGACUCAACAACAGAUUCUCAUCCUCAGUGUGGAGGACACCUGUAUGGUUCUGGACUGUUUUCCAGUCCAAACUACCCAAGCUAUUACCAUGAUAAUGCCUACUGUGUGUGGUAUCUCUCUGCUCAGCAAGGACAGAGGAUCUUCCUGUCAUUUGUCGAUGUGCAAUUGGAGCGCUGCUGUAACUGUGACUACAUCUCUGUAUAUGACGGCUCCUCCACUGGUUAUCCACUGCUGGGAAAGAUCUGCUUCAAUGACACCAAUAACCAGGUGUUGCACUCUUCUUCACGAUACUUGACUGUUGUCUUCAGGAGUGACUACUCUGGCGUCAGCCAUGGUUUUAAGGCCCUUUUCACAAGCUCUCUGACUGCAAAUGAAGGUCGUGUGGAUUGUUCCUCAGACAACAUGGUCAUUGUCAUUCAACAGUCUUACCUCAACUCACUUGGGUACAGUGGAAAUGACCUUUAUGUGGAUGAUCAUCUGUGCAGACCCACUAUUACCAGUUAUGAGGUUGUGUUCAGCUUCGCUCUCGACAUGUGUGGAACUGCCAAAGAGAUGAUGAACGGUUAUGUGUCCUACACCAACAAUGUGCGGGCAUCUCAGUCUCAGUCAGGUGAGAUCACUCGUCAGUCACAGUUCCUACUACGCGUGGGCUGCCGAAUGGAGCCGGACACUAUAGUCCAGAUAUUCUACAAGGCCAAGGAGAUCAUCAAUGCCAACAUCACAGGAACGGGCCGCUUCAAUGCCAGCAUAGCCUUCUACACCUCCAGCAGUUUCUACCAACAAAUCUAUGACUCUCCAUAUGAAGUCAACCUGAAUCAGCUUCUGUAUGUUCAAGUCAAGCUAAACAGGCCUGACAACAGCCUGGAUCUCUUCCUGGACACGUGUGUAGCGUCUCCAAAUCCCAGUGACUUCAAAGACCGUUCCUAUGACCUGCUGCGUAACGGAUGUCCCAGAGACAACACAUAUUAUUCCUACACCAGCGGUCAGCACUAUUAUGCUCAGUUCAGUUUCCGGGCUUUCAAGUUCCUCCGGACUCACGCUUACGUGUACCUGCAGUGUAAAGUGAUCAUCUGCCCCGAUAACGAUUACAACUCUCGCUGCCGCCAAGGUUGCCGCUACCGUCGCAAGAGAUCCCUCGACAGCACCUACCACACCAAUACUGUGACGCUGGGGCCAAUCAAACUCAAAGGAGGGAGACGUGCUUUCAGACAGCGUGAGAAGAUUGAGGCAGCAGAGUGAUUUGAUCAUCAUCAGCAUCUCUAUUUCUCAUCUGUAUCAUUAAUCAAAUCAUAUUAUCCUUCCUAAACAAAUUGAUUUAAAUGAAAUUUUGAAAUGAAUUUUCUUUAAUUCAUUAAAGCAAUCCUUCUUC